AUGGAGUCCACGGUUAGCGUUAAUAUAGCUAGGGGCCUUACACCGGGAACGCUGGCGGAGUGCGUGGAUAGCUCCGGGGUGGCAUUGUACGAGGCUGUUUUCUCCAUCGGCGGCAUGACGUGCGCUUCUUGCUCGAAUCGCAUCACCGAGGCCGUCGAGAGCCUGAAGUGGGUGCAAAGCGUGCGGGUGGAUUUGCUGAGUAAUAGCGCGACGGUGUUGUUCGAUGGGAUGGGGUGCGGGGGGCCAGAAGUUGGCGCUGAGGCGAUACUACAACAGGUGGAAGAUACUGGAUUUGACUGCACACUCGAAGAGCUCGACGUAGCAGGGUCUAGGAAACGAAAAUCCGAGCGGGGGACCGUCGGCGCCGAGCGAAUAGUUUCAUUGAAAGUGGACGGAAUGUCGUGCACCGGCUGCGCGGACAAAGUCGUUGAGGUCAUUGGGUUCUCGUUCCCUGAUAAUGUGCUAGAGAUAGAGUCACCACCCAUCACUCUCACAUCGCCUGUCAUACACGUUCGGUAUAAACCACAACCCCCGGAAUUCACUGUGCGACACAUCGCAUCCGUAAUAUCCUCAAUCUCUCCGGACUUUGUAGUAUCGGUGUACCGCCCGCCCACCAUCGAAGACCGCUCGCGCCAGCUCCAGCAGAUGGAGCAAUGGCGACUGCUCCUGCGCUUACUCUUCUGUUUGGCAAUCGCGAUACCAACGUUCCUGAUCGGGAUCGUCUGGAUGACAUUCGUGCCUGAAAGCGACCCAGUACGGCAAUCCCUCAGUCAACCAAUGUGGACGGGCCGUUCUACGAAAAUGGAAUGGGCCCUCUUCUUCCUAGCUACCCCUGUCAUGUUCUUCAUCGCCGAUGUAUUUCACAAACGAGCAAUUAGGGAUAUCAGAGCACUCUGGAGAAAGGGGAGCCCUACACCGGUAUUGCGUAGGUUCUACAGGUUCGGGAGUAUGAACUUGUUGAUCUCCCUCGGGGUUUCAAUAUCAUAUUUUGCCAGCUUGGUGUUAUUGGUGAUUAAUGCUGCAAGUAAGCCUGCUGUGCAGGCGAGGCACGGACUCCAAAAGAGGAGGACGAGCACCUAUACAUAUUUCGAUUCUACGGUGUUUUUAACGAUGUUUUUGUUGAUAGGCCGCUUCCUAGAAGCAUACAGUAAGCGCAAGACCGCCGAAGCCGUCAACAUCCUUGGAAAACUUCGCCCCGCAGAAGCCCUUCUAGUGGACAAUCGCCUCUGGAGAAUCAAAGCGGUACCAACAGACCAGCUUGAAGUCGGCGAUAUUGUAAGCGUGGUCCGCGGCUCCUCGCCACCCGCUGAUGGCACAAUCAUUUCUGGAGUCUCGCAAUUCGACGAGAGACCUCUGACCGGUGAGGCCAGACUUGUGCCAAAGAUUGAAGGAGAUGUGCUCCUUUCUGGGGCCGUAAACCAAGGCCAGGCAGUCAACAUGCGAGUGGAGAGCAUUGGCAGCGACACGAUGCUGUCGCGGAUCGUCAAUGUGCUUCGCGAGGGACAAACUCGGCGUGCACCGAUUGAGCGACUGGCAGACUUGAUUACUGGCUACUUCGUCCCGGUAUACCUGGACAUCCGAUACGGUGGAUGGUCCGCUUGGUCCCUCAGCUUUGCCAUUGCGGUCUUCGUGAUCGCAUGCCCGUGCGGUAUCGGUCUUGCGGCGCCAACCGCGCUAUAUGUAGGUUCAGGGCUGGCAGCCAAGUUCGGUAUCUUAGCAAAAGGUGGCGGAGAAGCGUUCCAGGAGGCCGCAUGGCUGGACUGCAUUGUAUUCAGUAAAACCGGCACACUCACGCAAGGCAAUGACCCAAAAGUGACGGACGAAUUAAUGCUCGUUGGCGCUGGCGAAGACCGAAGAAUGGCUUAUGCGGUCGCCCAGCAACUCGAAGAGAGCUCUUCACACCCACUGUCAAGGGCUAUCAUUGCGCACUGCGAGAGGAAGGACAAGGUCCCCAUCACGAUGUGGGACAUCGAGGACAUUCCGGGCCGAGGCCUCUGCGGGGUUUUCAAGAUCGCGAACAAUAAGACGGACGUAUUCGAGGCGGUCCUCGGGAGUGAGCGCUUUAUGGAAGAGAAUGGAGUUCUGGACAUGGCGUAUCACGAUCAGGUACUAUCUUCUUGGAAGUCCUGUGGGAAGAGUGUUAUACUUCUCGCCAUUAGAAAACAGGCGGUCAGUGGUAAGGUCUAUGAUAGCCGCUUUAGACUUGUUGCGCUGUAUGCUGCAGCCGACAUCAUUCGUUCCGAGGCACCUGAGGUAGUUAGAAAGUUGCAGGAGUCUGGGAUAGGUGUGUGGAUGAUUUCUGGGGAUAAUACUACCACGGCGAUAUCUGUUGCUUCGAUGGUUGGGAUUCCGCGGGAACAUGUUAUUUCAGGCGUUCAUCCGGCAGAAAAGGUACUAGUCCCCUUCCUCCGUUACCUGCCUUGCCUUCCGUCAAUCCCGUUUUUUCAGUCAUCCUCCCCAACUCGCUCCUCUCCCACAGCCGCUAAAUCUCGAGCCACUAUUGCACUAGUCGGCGACGGCAUAAACGAUGCUCCAGCACUCUCAAUCUCAUCCGUUGGUAUAUCGAUGAAUAGUGCGACAGACGUGAACAUUACGUCCGCCAAGUUCAUCCUCGUAUCUUCGAAUUUGAAUAGUCUGAUCACGCUCACGCAGCUGGCUAGCUUUGUCUUUCGCAGGGUUAAGGUGAAUUUUAUGUGGGCUUGUGUGUACAAUGUUCUAGCUGUGCCGGUGGCUGCGGGGGCGCUGUAUGCUGGUGCGGGCAUAAGGGUGGGGCCGGUGUGGGCCGCGGGUAUUAUGGCCUUUAGGUGA